UUGGGGGGGCGGGGUGCGCAGGCGCAGUGGGGGAGCGCUGGGGCGCGGGGGGCGGUUGCGUAUCAAGUUGCUCUGGGUCCCUGCAGAUGAAGCCGGAGUGGUGGGGGUCGAGUUUGUAGCCUGAUCCCCGCUAUAUCCAUCGAAGGAGAAAAGUUUGUGAAUUGCGCCCCCAACUUUUGGGGGUCCCGGGCUUGCAGCGCGGGGUGACGGAAGAGGCUCGUGGGAGGGCUAGGGACGUGGCUGGUGACUGCUGAAUAAGAACGGCUAGGAAUCAUCUGUGCCCGCCGCUUCUGCAGCCCCCCAUGGAGCCCACCCGGCCUGCGGAGGACCUGCUCCCACCCCAGCCGCCCUCUGCCCCAGAACUCAGGGACCCGGAAGACCCUGGUGGUGAGGCCCGGGAUAGCUCGGACACCGUGGUCCUCAGUCUCUUCCCCUGUACGCCCCAACCUGGGAACCCUGAGGCGGAUGCCAGUGCCUCCUCCCUACAGGGCAGCUCCCUGAAGCACUCCACCACCCUCACCAACCGGCAGCGGGGGAACGAGGUCUCAGCCCUGCCCGCCACCCUGGACUCGCUGUCCAUCCACCAGCUUGCAGCCCAGGGGGAGCUGAGCCAGCUGAAGGAGCACCUGCGGAAAGGUGACAACCUCGUCAACAAAGCUGAUGAGCGGGGCUUCACUCCGCUCAUCUGGGCCUCGGCCUUUGGUGAGAUCGAGACAGUCCGCUUCCUCCUGGACUGGGGUGCUGACCCCCACAUCCUGGCCAAGGAGCGGGAGAGUGCCCUGUCUCUGGCCAGCAUGGGUGGCUACACGGACAUCGUGGGGCUGCUGCUUGAACGCGAUGUGGACAUCAACAUCUACGACUGGAACGGAGGGACGCCACUGCUGUACGCCGUGCGUGGGAACCACGUGAAGUGUGUGGAGGCCUUGCUGGCCCGAGGUGCAGAUCUCACCACGGAGGCUGACUCGGGCUACACCCCGAUGGACCUCGCCGUGGCCCUGGGAUACCGGAAAGUGCAACAGGUGAUGGAGAACCACAUCCUGAAACUCUUCCAGAGCAGCCCGGGGCCUGUGGGCCCCGAGUGAAGGCACCGGCAGGACUCAGACUCUCAGGGAACAGAAGGGCCGGCCGCACUGGGGCACCCAGACCUGGCUUCCAAGGCAGCUCCUGGACAGGCGGGGAGG